AUGUUCAAUGAUAUAAAACGAGCCGGUGUUGUCGCAACCAUUGGCCAACAGGCAAUGGAGACUGUUCUUGAAUCCAUCUUUGUCCCGUGCGGAAACGCCGAGUUAGGUUGCACCAAGAAGUUAACUUAUGGGAAAGAAUCAACUCAUGAGAAAGAAUGCCUCUAUGCUCCUUGCUACUGCCCUGUACAAGAUUGCGACUACACCGGCUCGUUUUAUAUCAUUGAACAUCACUCUUAUGAGGAACAAAGGGAUUCAUGGGAGUUGAAUCGUUUCAGAUUUGGGGUUUCUUUUACUGUUCGGAUGAACAUCAGCGAUAAGAUAAGAAUGUGGCCAACAGGCAAAGCACAUGCAUAG